AUCCCACUAUCCCACUAACAGUUAUAAAAAGGAGAUUACGGCACGUAAAUCAUGCGCGCCGGCAAAUUCGAUUACGUCACGUGUUGUUGUUUUUUUCCGCGGGUUUUGAUGGCAGACAGCUCACUUUCCUUACUGCCCAGCUAAAGUUUGGUGGCAGAAAGAUGCCACCAAAGAAAAAGGCUAGAGUGAGUAAAACAGCUUCAAAUUCAGGGAAAGAUGAUGAUCAGCAACCAGUCGCUUCUGGCAAGACGACAAGUGGUGGUGGAAAGAGGAAACCUGCAGCUUCUGUGGAGAAGAGCUCAGAGUCACCUGCGUCUCCUCAUUACUGUCACUGGCUGCUAAAGUCUGAGCCUGAGAGCCGCUUCGAGAACGGGGUCGAUGUGAAGUUUGGGAUUGAGGAUCUGAAGGCUCUUCCUAAUCAGACUGGUUGCUGGGAUGGUGUUCGCAAUUAUCAGGCGCGCAAUUUCAUGAGAAAUAUGAAAGAAGGGCAGUUGGCUUUCUUUUACCACAGCAACUGCAAGGAACCAGGGAUAGCAGGCCUCAUUAAAAUCGUCAAGGAAGCCUACGUGGACCACACUCAGUUUGACAAAAAAGACAUCCACUAUGAUGCAUCCAGCAAAGCAGACAACCCAAAGUGGAGCAUGGUGGAUGUGCAGUAUCAAAGAAUGACGAAGCGUUUCCUUUCCCUGUCGGAGCUGAAAAAGUACCACCUCCAGCAUCGAGCCGAGGGAGGCCCACUGAAGGACAUGGCUCUUUUUACCAGGGCGCGGCUUUCUGUGCAACCUUUGACCUCUGAGGAGUUUGACUUUGUCCUUGGUCUGGAGGACAAAGAGCCACUGGUACCUGCUGUUUGAAGUAACGUCUCUCCUCUUCAUCGAUCAGCACGAGGUUCAGGUAAUAUCGAACUGAGAACUUCUUGUUAAUGUCUCGCAUAGUGGGAGUCAGAUCAUAUCCAGCCAGGAACAACCGGAUGGGAAUGGAUUCUCCUGAUAUAUGAAAUCAAGUGUAACAAGUUAGAAAAUGUCUACUUUGACACAGUGUUUUACCUUUGAAAUAUUUGAACGUUAUUAACAAGUGUGGUUCACCUCUGACUGGAGCACCGUCCAUGAUCUCAUAUUUGGCGAUAGUGUCAUUUUCAUGAUAUACACUGGGGCCAGUUCCUGUUGUCUCACGUUUGAUUAUGUCAAUUUCCAUGUGUUUAAUCUUAAUUCUCACCAACAGGAAGUAGAUUUUUCCCACAAUUACAUCCUUCAGAUGGUACCUGUCACCAAAAGUAAAGUAAAUAAUGAAAAACAAAAUGUAAAAAAUAAAUAAAUAAAACACACUCUGUCACUAUGAAUCUGACAUACAGACUAACCUUCAACUAAACAUUUUUAAUAGAAUAUUGCCAACAAUGGUUUCAGCCCUAAACAACUGGCUGAUGCUUUUUGUGACUGUGACCGUGUGUAAUUAUCACUUCAAUCAUGUAUUAAUGUCAGACCCAGGUCAAGUGCUUAUCUGUACUUAGUCGGCACAAGUUCUUCUCGUAUUCUUUCAAUCAAGUCAGUCACUGUGUUUAUUACUUGUGUAUAUUGUGUAAUUAAAAAGGAUUUGCAAAACAAAAA